GCGACGCUCCCCUGCGCCUCCCGCCUUACUGGUCGGAGACCCUCGCGGGCCUGGCGGGCGCUCCACCUGCGCGCCUUCUCUCCCCUCGCCAUCUCCCGUUCUGCGCCGGCGCGGUGCCCGCCCGGACGCGCGGGGGAGCUCUCGGGGCGCAUGCGCACUGCGAGGCCCGCCGCUCUGGUGUCGCCGCCGCCGCAGCCGUUGCCGCCUCCCUGCCUGCAGGUGUGUGAAGCAGGAGCCGAGGGUCACCGCCGCCGCCAUGGGGAGAAAGUCAAGCAAAGCAAAGGAGAAGAAGCAGAAGCGGCUGGAGGAGCGAGCAGCCAUGGAUGCCGUCUGUGCCAAAGUGGAUGCAGCCAACAGGCUCGGAGACCCUUUGGAAGCUUUCCCAGUGUUCAAGAAGUAUGACCGGAAUGGGUUGAAUGUCUCCAUUGAAUGUAAGCGCGUGUCUGGACUGGAGCCAGCCACUGUGGAUUGGGCGUUUGACCUGACCAAAACAAACAUGCAGACCAUGUAUGAGCAGAGUGAGUGGGGCUGGAAAGACCGAGAGAAACGGGAGGAAAUGACGGACGACCGAGCUUGGUAUCUCAUUGCCUGGGAAAACAGUUCUGUGCCUGUUGCCUUUUCUCACUUCCGAUUUGACGUGGAGUGCGGGGAUGAAGUCCUGUACUGCUAUGAAGUGCAGUUGGAAAGCAAAGUGCGGCGGAAAGGCCUGGGCAAGUUCCUCAUACAGAUCCUGCAGCUCAUGGCCAACAGUACACAGAUGAAGAAGGUGAUGUUAACAGUAUUUAAACACAAUCAUGGUGCCUACCAGUUCUUCCGAGAAGCACUACAAUUUGAAAUUGACGACUCUUCCCCCAGCAUGUCUGGUUGCUGUGGGGAAGACUGCUCCUACGAGAUCCUGAGCCGGAGGACCAAGUUUGGGGACAGCCAGCACUCCCACGCAGGUGGGCACUGUGGCGGCUGCUGUCACUGAAUUCCCAGAGCCACUUGCAGUCAGAAUCUGCUCUCCAAAGGCCUGUCUUCUCCCCUGGUCUUGCAUCACUUGCCAGGUGCCCUCAGAGCUGUGGUCUCCUCAACCCUGUGUACCAGGUGGCACCCUGAGAGCACAGAACCCUGGGGAGGAGUGGCCCACGCUGCCCCUCCUCUGUCCUGGAAGGGCAGAGUGCCAGGAGGCCGAGCAGGGCGAGGGUGCUGCAGGAAGACUGCUGCGGGCGGCGGGAAGCUCCUCCUAGUGGCUGCCUCCUCACUCUCGUGGAAGGUUCCCCCACUUCCCUGCAGCUGGAUUCCUGACAGACCCUCCCCUUCCCCAGACAAACGGAAUGUUUUAUCCACUCUUAUGAAAGUCUUAGAGUCCUGGUCUGGGAUCUGCUGGUCCCCGAAGAGGACCGGACUUUGUAUGAGCCAGGUGCAAAGCAAGGCUUCAGAGAGACUGUGGCUCCCUUACUCCUUGAUCUCAUGGAUGGCGCCGUCGUGGAGGCUGCGCAGGCUUGGAUGCCAAGACACAGGGAAGCUCCUCCUAGCCACGUGCUUGUAGAUCCACAGAGUGGAGUCGUCCUGGGACCAGCCAGCUGGAAGGCUGCGUCUCUCCAUUGCUGUCAGUGAGGGCGGAGAGGACCAGCACCAGGUGUCCUAGGGGCCUGCCUCGGGGAUGCCUGCUUCUCUGGGCUUUUAGACUUUGCUGCAUUCUAAGCUUAAACCUCUUGAUCUCAUGGCGGUGGCUUGAGCUUUUAAUUAAGAAAGCCAGAGGCCCUGCCUGUUCCUCUCCAUUGCCCUCUCAACACUUUCUCCCUGCCUCUUGCCUCCACCCCAGAUACCUCUGUUUUUAGUCUCAAGGGGGGAGUAACAUCAGGGAGCCUCUUGUCUUCCCCCAGAAGGAUCCCUUGUUCCUGGUAUAGUUAAUGCCAUUUCCUCUCACCUGUUGGUGCUGAUCUCUCUCUGAAGGUGGGAUGUCCCUCCCACCAUCCUCCCUCUUCAGAGAGCCCCCAGCCAGCAGCAGGCCCCUCUGCCUGCACUCCCAGCCUUGCCCCUCACUGUUUCAGUGAGGCACUGGUGCCACUGUCCCGGCCAUGCUGGGCCACAGCCCAGUUUCAGCAGGAAUGCCCUUCAGUGGCGCCCGUACAGCUGCUUUUCUCUCUGAUUCACCCUGUGGCAGCAGGUUGGAGCAGGGACAGAAGAAGGCCUUCCUCUUCUCAGAGGUGUAGAGGAUGUGGGCUCAGAAUUUAUACUCCUCCUGAUCUCUAGGCCUUGUUCCUUUUCCAGAAGAAAAACCAAAUCCUUGUCCAGGACAAAGCCCUUGACACCUCUCCUUGGACAUCCCUGAGGUUUGCUUCAGGGAACAUCAUGAAGGUUCUGGCCUUUGUGCAGUUGCCUCCUGGGGCUCUGCCAGCCCUCUGCUGCUGGAGUCUGCUUGCCCCACCCUCUGCCCUUACUCAGGUGGUCUCUCCUGGCAGAUCUCACUAGAGUGGUCCUUGCUUCUCACCCAGAGUCCUGCCUGCCCAGCAGCCUAGCCUGUGCUCAGGAGGCCUCUCUUCCCCAGCCUGGCCUCUUCUGAGUGCCCAGCGCUGCUCUUGGCUCCACCAGCAGUGGGCAGCGCUCCUCGGAGAUGGCCUUGCAGCUUUACACUGGAAUAAGUCCACUGUUGCCUCACCUGCUGGCUCCCAGGGGUUUCACCCCCAGUGAGUUGAAUUUGUUGGGUGGGGGUUGGUAAAUUCCUCUCAAUAAUCACAAAACAACAAGAGCAUGUUUAGGAAGAGUUUUUCCUCUGAUCCCUGCCUCAAAGGACAGAGUGAUAAAUAUUUAUUGUCUUAGAUCAUGGAUUUCUGAUACCUCCCACUCAAGGGGACCAAAGGGAACCCCCAGUAUAGGCCCUAUUUAAGGGUCUCUUUCCAGUCGUUGGUAAUGGAGUACUCGGGCCAUGCCCGCUUCCCCCAGCCGCUGCAGGCCAUGUCCCAGGAGGUUAGCUGGGCAGGAGGGCACUGGCUGAGACCGCAGAUGUGGGUGCUGAGCCCGUUCAUGGCUCAGACAUGAGUCUCCUUCCAUCUCCCUUGGGUCUUGGUUUUGGGAAACGUGGCAGGCCUGUUUUUGGUUUUUGUUUGGGGCAUGUUAAAAUAUUUUUCGUUCUUUUUAGUUGUAUCCACCCUAUUUCAGGUUAUUUUUGUUGGUGUCAAAUGUGUAUGGUUCUUUUUAAAUUAACCCUUUGUGUUUUUUUAGAGGAAACUUGGAAGAUAAACUUCUUGACAUAUAUAUUUUUUUCUUUAGUAACUUGUUAUCACUGGAAUCAAAGGGAAAAGUGAUCUCUUUUUUGCAUUGGUUGUAUUUGUAUGUCACAAAUAAAAGACACUUUGUUCAGUU